AUGCUCAAGCUGAGGAGCAUCUGCACGACGCUGAUCGGGGGGAAGGUGUACGACAUCAACGGGAAGACGAUCCGGGAGGAGAAGCUGCUGUCCGAGGGGGCCUACUCCUUCGUGUACCUGGCCAAAGACCUGAACACGAACAAAACGUACACGAUAAAGAAGACCAUCUGCCAAGAUAAAGAGAAGCUAGAAAUGGCCCAAAAGGAAAUUCACAUUUUGAAAAGUUUACCCCCACAUAAAAACAUCGUGCAGUAUUUUGGAUCCACCGUUAUAAGCGAAAACAGCCACAAAAUUGUGAUCAUGUUGAUGGAGUUUUGCGAAAGAGGAAACCUCCUGACCAUUUUUGAAAAGAACAAAGACAAGAUAAAAGAAAACCAUAUAGUAAAAAUUGUGAAGGAUAUAACCAAAGGGUUAAAUUUUCUACACACACAGGAAAUUCCAAUCAUCCAUAGGGAUAUAAAAUUGGAGAAUAUCCUCUGCGAUAAGAAUGGGGUGUAUAAAAUCUGUGACUUCUGUUCCCAUAGUGUCUCCAAUUCUUUCUUCCCAAACGAUUUAACAAAAAAUUCUUUAAAUAUUCUAAAGGAGGAAAUCGAAAGAGACACAACGUUGAUAUAUAGGCCUCCAGAAUUGAUAGACCUCUAUGCUAAUAGAGAAAUUUCUUCUAAAGUGGACCUUUGGAUGGUUGGCUGCAUUUUGUACCUUCUCCUUUUUAAAGUGCACCCUUUUCAGAAUGACCAGAACAGCUUACUCUCCAUAAUCAAUGGGAGCUUUACCAUUCCCUAUCACUCUAAGUACUCCAAGAGAAUCAUCUCCAUUUUGCUUCUAACGCUGAAUAAGAACCCACAGAAGCGGUUGGAUUCUACGACCCUUUUGUUCAUUUUGGAAAACUACGCAGACUUGAAACUGUGGUUCAUGCACAUCCCCAGUGAUGUGAAGAAGAUGGUGAAUCAAAUUUUUGAGAAAAUCAAUGAACUCAAUUUGAACAAUAAGCGAAACGAGAUGAUCGAAAUUAGCAACGACCGGAUUUUGGAUGUCAAGAUCUCCUCGCACAAGUACGAGACGCAGGUGCCCAAGAGCGCCCCCCCCAGCCCCUUCUUCAAGUUCUUCGCCCCUAACGCACGCGCGCAGGACCCCUUCAGGAGGAAGCAGCCGAGUAGUGCGGCCCAGCCGGGUGGUGCUUCGAAGCCGGAUGGGGCAGCGGCCCAGCCGGAUAGUACCUCCACCCAACCGAAUGGUGCUGCCACCCAACCGGAUAGUGCCGCUUCUCAGCCCGAUAGUGCCGCUUCCCAACCGAAUGGUGCCGCCGCUCCACCGGAUGGCCCCCCCAAGGAAGCCCAACUGAUCAGCAUCGGAAGCGCGGAGAGCGCGGCCGUCCUGGGGGCCGCCGCCCAGAGCGAGUUGCACGCGGAUUUGCUCAACCUGAGCGCGGGCGCCGCCCAAGCGGAGGAACAGGAGCAGGAGGGCGGCACCCAAGACGCGAGCUGGGAGAACAACAGCAUCCUGAAGGACCUCACUCUGGAUAGCGAGAUGAACAUGUUCGGCUUCGACAGCGGGUUUGGGAGCGGCUGCGGCAGCGAGAGCGGGGAUGCGCUCUCAAGGCCAGGCGGGAGGCCAAUCGCAAACCAGGCCGCGAACCAGGCCGCAAACCAAGCCGCCGUUCCAACCGCGAACCGAAGCGCUAACCGAAGCGGAGACCCCAAGGCAGAACCCAGUCAGGGCCGAACCCACUUCAACGAAUUCUUCGACCCCUGGAGCGCCGCCAAGGGGCACAACUGGCCCGUCGCGCCAAGCGGAAAAGAGGCGCACGAUGAACUCCCAGAAGGAACCCAAUACGACCUGUUCGAAAAGGACCUAGCCAAUUUUAAGAACGUGAACCUUUUUAAGGACGCUGCAAAUAAUGAGCCCUUUAAAUACACACCCAGCUUGGACGAAAUAAACUUCACAAGGAACAGCGUGGAGGUGACGAAUGACUCUCUCCACAGCAUAAAGAAUUACGACGAUUUAGAGAACGUGGGAAAUUGUUUUCCCAGCUAUGACCCAGUCAGUUUUGGGAAGGAGGUGGAGGUGUCCUUCAGCACGGACGCAGACGUGUUGAGCGAGGCCCCCAAUGACCCCCCGGGCAAGUUCAUUGCGUCGGAUAAGAGUGACAAGUUUUCGGAGCUCCUGGAGGAGUUCCAGAAGUGUUCCAUUUGAGGCGUCUAUGUGUGCAUCCAUGUGUGCGUCCAUGUGUGCAUCCAUGUGUGCAUCCAUGUGUGCAUCCAUGUGUGCGUCCAUGUGUGCGUCCAUGUGUGCGUCCAUGUGUGCGUCCAUGUGUGCGUCCAUGUGUGCAUCCAUGUGUGCGUCCAUGUGUGCGUCUAUGUGUGCCUAUUUGUGCGCGC